AUGAAAGAAGUUAUAUCAAAAAAUGAAAAGGAUUUUAUUUUAUCAAGUAUCGACAAAUAUACAAGAAUUGAUGGUCGUUCCAUCACAGAUAUGAGAUCAAUUAAAAUUGAAUUUGGUAAAUCAUUUGGUUUAGUAGAGGUACAAUUAGGUAAAACAAGAGUUUAUACAUCAAUUACAUGCGAUAUAGUAGAACCAAAACCAGAAAGACCAAAUGAAGGAUUUUAUGUUUUUAAUACAGAUAUAUCACCAAUGUCAAGUGUAUCAGUUGAUCCAAAUAGAGGUAAUCCAUUAGAGAAUGAAUUAGGACGUAUUAUUGAAAAAGGAUUAAAAGAAAGUAGAGCAAUCGAUACCGAAUCACUAUGUAUUAUAUCAGGAUCCAAAGUUUGGUCCAUCAAAAUCUCAAUUCAUAUAUUGGAUGAUUGUGGUAAUUUAUUGGAUUGUGCGAGUAUUUCAGUUAUUGCAGCAUUACUUCAUUUUAGAAAACCAGAUGUUACAGUUAUAGGUAAUGAAGCAACCAUUCAUCCAAUUGAUGAACGUGAACCUGUACCACUUUCAAUUCAUCAUACUCCAAUUUCAAUCACCUUUGGUUUUUUCCCAAAUGAAAUUAUGAUUGUAGAUCCAGACAAUAAAGAAGAAUCAGUUAUGGAUGGUAAAUUAUCAUUCCUUGUAAAUAUACAUAAAGAAAUUUGCGGUGUUUCAAAAGGUGGUGGUACAAGUACCUCUGUUCACCAAGUUUUAAAAUGUUCCAAAAUCGCUGUUAUUAAAGCUGCUGAAAUUACAUUACAAAUUAAAGAAUCAAUUAUAAAUGAUAUCAAAACAAGACAAUCAUCAAUAAAUAAUAAUAAAAGAAAUGGUAGUGGUUUUAGAAAUAAUAAUAGUAAAAAUUUAGAAAUGGUUGAACAUAAUAAAUAA